UUCUUGAUCUUGACGAUCCUGAUGUGCGCCAUGGCCCAGGAAUGCGAACCAUCCAUCAUUUGUCGCUUAUUACGCAAAUGUCGUUGCUUUACGACACCGUCAACGACAUCAUCAACAACAAUAACAACAACACCUGUAAUAUCAACGACAUCACCAACAACAAUAACAACAACACCUGCACGUAGACGUGCAUCCAUCAUUUGUCGCUUAUUACGCAAAUGUCGUUGCUUUACGACACCGUCAACGACAUCAUCAACAACAAUAACAACAACACCUGUAAUAUCAACGACAUCACCAACAACAAUAACAACAACACCUGCACGUAGACGUGCAUCCAUCAUUUGUCGCUUAUUACGCAAAUGUCGUUGCCUUACGACACC